GAAUUACUACUACAUCACCAUCCUGAGGGACCCGGUUUCCCGCUACCUGAGCGAAUGGAGGCACGUCCAAAGGGGAGCCACCUGGAAGGCCUCCUUGCAUGUCUGCGACGGACGGUCACCCACGUCCGAGGAACUUCCGAGCUGCUACUCGGGGGACGACUGGUCGGGCUGCUCUCUGCAGGAGUUCAUGGACUGUCCCUACAACCUGGCCAACAACCGCCAGGUCCGCAUGCUGGCUGACCUGAGCUUGGUGGGCUGCUACAACCUGUCGGUCAUGCCGGAAGAGCAACGGAACCAGGUCCUCCUGGACAGCGCCAAGGAGAACCUCAAGCGCAUGGCCUUCUUCGGCCUGACGGAAUUCCAGCGGAAGACCCAGUACCUCUUCGAGAAGACCUUCAACAUGAACUUCAUUUCGCCCUUCACCCAGUACAACAGCACCAGGGCCUCCAGCGUGGACAUCGAGGGGGCCACCCAGCGGCGGAUCGAGGCCCUCAAUUUUUUAGACGUGGAACUCUACGGUUAUGCAAAAGACCUUUUCCUCCAGCGCUACCAGUUCACCAGGCAGAAGGAGCACCAGGAAGCCCGCCGGAAACGGCAGGAGCAGCGGAAGGUCUCACGGGCCAAGCUGGGACGCAGCAGAGAGCAGGACGGCCAAAACGCCACCGCAGAUUACAUCGGGAAUGUGGAACAGUGGCGAUAAGGAGCGGGGAGGGGUGGCGGAGAAGGGCACGGAGCUAGGCGCUUCUCCGGAAGAGGUGGGGGAAGAGGUGGGGGUGGCGGCCUUUUGCAUUCAGUGUUGUGCUGUAGAUGGGCGAACUUUUUAAUCUGUGUUGUCUCGGAUCUGUCCCUAUCAAGAAGGAAGGAAAAUGUUGGGCUCUUAGGCUACCUUCCUGGGCAUUCGCCAUGAUGGCUUGGCAGAUCCCAAGUGGGAACAGCGAAGGCUGAGCUACAAGGAUUAUGAUGGGGGGGAAGGAGGAGGAGGAGGGUUUCCUGAGAUGGGGGCGUCACAGGGGAUCCAUUUCUGCAUUUUAUAAGGUGGCCUGAGAUUCUGGUACUUUUUUUAUAUGCCAUCCAGGUCUCGGAGAUCAGAAAAACACACGGGAAAAGGGGGUAUUAAACUGGGCAGUGGGUAGCUGCAAAUCCAUUCGUUUAUCCCUUUCGGUAUCCUCAAUUGGAGAAGCUGUUUUAUUUAAUGCUCUUCAUUUAAUCUUUUUCAUUGCAAAAUAUAUGCUGUGCCUCUUGGCUGUGGCCCAUGGGCUGCCUACUUCUUCCUGCCUCGGAAGGGGUCUUUGCUUGAGGAGGUGGGGCUUCUCUUAAGCUCCUCCCCUGACACCCGGCCAAUCCAGGACGAAGGGGCUUCCUCUGGCCAUUAAAAGCCUGGCCAGGGGUGGCCGAAGUGAGUCCAAAGGCAGGAUGACCUCCCUGCGAAGGCAUUGCCACUCAAAACUGUCACGUCACGUCACGUCAAGUUCCUGCUUUUAAGAUCUACUAGCCUGUUGGAGAAUGGAGGUCCACGGCCUCAUUUCGGUGGAAAUCCAAGACUUAAUUGUCUCACACCUACACACAUGCACGCACGCUCGCCCGAAGGGAUUUUCGAAACUUCAAAAAGAACCAUUUUCAGAUCCUUUUUUUAAAGCACUUGGCUUCAUCAACCUCUUUUGAAAGGCUGCAAAACAGCCGCAAAGCAAAGAGAUGUUGGGUUGAGGCACAGAGGGGGGAAAGCUUGAGGAGAAGAAGAAGAAGAGAAAAGGUUGAUGAGUGUCUGGUGUAAAUUGGCUUUUAGCAAAGACGGGAAGAUUUGGCCUAUCAAUAUUUAAUCACUUUUUUUAAAAGGAAGAAUCUUGACUGCUGCUGCUGUUGAUGGAGCUUAAGUUUGCUUUAUUUCAGGGGAGAGAGAAUGAGAGACAGAGAGAGAAUGAGAGAGAGACAGAGAGAGAGAAUGAGAGAGACACAGAGAGAGAG